UAUGUAGUGAGUGUGUGUGGUGUGUGUUUGUAGAUAAUGACGUCACAGUUUAACCACACAGUCACUUCUCUCCCUCACCUCCUCCACUCUCCUCCAUUACUCCAUUAGACUCCAGUACCCUCUCCUUCCAGUGGUCAGUAGUUGAAGGUGAUGGCUGAUAUUAAAGAUAUUCAUCAGUACCCAGUCUCCAGUGGCUCUGGUAUCAGUGAUGAAGGGAAUCAGCUCUCCAAGCACAACAUUGUGUGUCUACCAACAUCACAAGUGUCUAAAACUGAUGAAUUAACUUCUCAUUCUCUCUCUCCUUAUUACAAACCACUGGUCGUUAGCCCCUCCCCCUCCAGUGACCACGCCCCCUCAAUCAAUACCUCAUUAGCUGGUCCUGUUCAUUUAUUUAAUGAGGCCACACCCACUAAUCCUCCGUUACUAUUGGGAGGGAAUGAACCCACUCCCACCUCAUCAAACCAGUCCUUUAUAAAGGGAGCAACCAGUAGCCCCGCCCCUCCUAUCAAUAGCCCCGCCCCUCCUGUUACUACCAGUAUUGGACCUGGUGUUUCUUUGGCGGUUCAGUUGUGUCCAGUCGGUCCUAAGGAGAGAUGUACCCCAUCCCAGGCUCAGGCUAUGGGCCAGCAGGUCCUGUCUCUGAUGGUGUCCCAUGAUAACGACAAGCAAUCACUUCCUUUUGAGUUGCAGAACACGUUUGAUGUGUUCCACCGAUGUCUUGCUGUUGCUUACGGAACCUUCUUCAUCAACCUCUACACUAAGGCCAAUGCUCCAUGCCUCUUGUGUCAUGGCUGCAAGUCACUCUAUCCUCCUGGCCAGUAUAUCCAUCACUCCUGCCCUGCCCUCCCUCCUAAUAUUGUACCUUGUCGCUCUCGAAUGUGGAGACGCUGUUUAGUACCUCUGGUAUCGCAGGACAUUGAUAAAAAGCAGCAAAAGGAAAGAUGGAAGUUUGUCAUUGAGAAGUUCUCUCAUACCAAUAUGGGCGUGGUCAGGAGAAACCGCGCCCCCAUAGAUGCUGAGCCGAAUAUCCUAGACAUGCCGGAAUGCAAGAGAGGGAGGUUCCUGAAAUCACCUGCCGAUAAUGAGGGGUGUGGCCAUUAUGGUACUAAUAAUAGCUGUGACAUCAUUGAAAAUAGUAUUGAGGAUGUUACUAAUAAUAGUAUCAGUGUUACUAUUAAUAGUAACAGUGUUACUAAUAAUAGUGAUGAUGUCGUCAGUGAUGGUAAAAGUGGCUCCCCUCAGUUUAUUAAUAAUGAAUUCUUAAUUAAUCAGGCUGAGGAUUGUGAAGGAUCAGGAGAAGAUUCCAGCGAAUUGCAGGACCACCCCACACACAGAGCAGUAGAGGUUGUUGAGGAGUUGGUUGGUGAGAUCAAGAGGUUGGAUAAUCAAUUGCAAGUGACAAGAAAUGAACUAAAAGAGACUCAGAAACAAUUGAACAUAAUCACUAAAUCAAGUAAUUUGUCUGACCAGUUAAUCCAGUCAUUAUCAGCUCAGGAUGCUCUGACUGCUGAGAGAGACAGAGCCAUUGAAAGAGCUAGAGCUGCAGAGAGAAGAGUAGCAGCUCUUGAGAGACAUAUAUACAGUAUACAGAAACUGCAAGAUGAGGUAUUGUCAUAACAUCAGAAAGAAGGAUUGUAUUAUUAUUAUUAAUCAUUAAUUAUUAUUAUUAUUGAUUUUAAAAGAUGAUUUCGG